AUGCAGGACUGCCAGCUUGACCCUGUGACCAUGGAUGGCUGUGGGUGCAAUGCAGUGUGCAUGGCCCUGGCACUGAAAUUUGUGGGGAAUGGCAUCUCAUAUAUAUAUGAGAGACAUUGUGUUGCUAUGGUGUCAUUGGCAGCUCCACCAAGUAACAUGCUUUCACAUCAUAAGCAUGUGUAUGUCCCAGUUCUGUGGGGCUUCCUAGUGUUCUCUCAGCAGUCUUGCACAUUCAUGAGCGUCGUUUGGAAUGCGUCCGUUGCACGUGGAACUCCGCAGGGCAGCCUUUUAGCAACGCGUAUGCAACAUCCCAGGCCGCUGCUUGAGGUCGUGCUUUUCGUGUUGCCUGCGGCCUGCCUCCCGCCGUUUUGCGCCCCUUUCCUCGGGACCCUCCUUGGGCUCCCAGUGCUCCUUCCUCGCUGGCGUCUGCACGACUUACUCGGCUCCCCUCGGCGUUUACCCACAACUGCUGCCUCUGCAAACAGCGGGCUCUCGGGCAAAGCCUCUUGCGGUCGAGCAAACGAAUCUCUUAGCAACUCGUGCUUCUCUCGGGAUCCCUACGCCGAGGAUCGUCAAUCAAAGCGGACGACGAGCACGCGGGGCAGCUCUAUUGCGGCGCUGGAAGGGGCGGGAGUGGGACUUCUUUUCAGAGUGGCGGAUGGAGAUGGAAUGGAGAACGCCCACGCCUAA